AUGGGAGAGAAGACAUACAUGGGUUCUAAAGAAGGCAAUCUUCUCAGUUCACAAUUGGAUCCAAUGAUGUCCUCAACUAUUCCAAACCAACCAUACCUGUUUUUGAGAUUGCACUUGUUGGGAGCUAGAAAGUUCAUUGUGGUAGGAGUUGGACCGCUAGGAUGCAUACCCUUUAUUCGUGCCAUCAAAUUAUUACCUAGUGGACAGUGCUCUGCUGAGGUGAAUGAGUUGAUCCAAGGCUACAAUACCAAACUGAAUGGGGUUUUGGAUCAACUAAAUCAAGAAUUGGGUCCUGACGCUAUCUUUGUUUAUGCAAAUUCCUUUGAUAUCUUCAUGAAGAUUAUAGGAAAUUAUCAUCAAUAUGGAUUUGAGGAUGCAAAUGAGCCAUGCUGUGGUGGCUACUUUCCACCAUUUAUUUGCUUCAAGAGCAGUGGUACAAACAGAAGCUCUGCGUUGUGUGCCGAUCGGUCGAAGUAUGUGUUCUGGGAUGCAUAUCAUCCUACAGAAGCUGCAAACAUGAUCAUAGCCAAGGGGUUGCUUGAUGGGGAUGAAAGUGUUAGCUAUCCCAUUAACAUCCGUGAGCUUUACAAAUAUAACUCCUAG